AUGGCCGUCGUACAUCGUAUUCCCCGAUUUGGUCGGCAAUAUGGUGAUGGCCGUCGGCCAGGCAUUUCCCAGACGGCGGCCGCAGUUGCUGAGAUGAAGACGGGAUCAGAAGCGACGGCCAUCACGGUGGCCGGAGGGGAUGGCCGUGAAAGACGCAUUUUCUUGUACUCAACGAAAUUGUCCAAAGAAAUGAGAGGCCACAGGGACCCAUUUAUCAAAGCCUUUAACUUGACACAAGAAGACUUCUUGUUAUCCAAUCCUGCAAGCCACACCAGCAAUAGCAAAGUUAAACAAAGACUUCUUGUUAUCCAGUCCUGCAAGCCAUGA